AUGGAUCAAAAUGAUUUAUCAUCAAUAAACAUAGAAAAACUUGAGAAUUUCGAAUUAAUUUGGCUCAAUAAAAUGUUCCAUUAUACAGACAAAUAUUUCGAGGCUAAACUUCAGCUGCAACAUAUAACAUCUUAUUUAAAACCAUUUUUUGAUGUCAAUGAUUGCUUCGAUUAUAUAAUCAAUAGUGACAUUGAUCAUAUCAUUCUUCUUAUUUCAAUCGAUUCAUUUGACGAGUCAAAUAUUCUUAAUAAAGCAAAUGAACUUAUUCAGAUUACAUUUCUCUAUGUAAUUACUUCGUCAUUAUCAUUAAAUAAUGAUGUCUUUUUGAACAAUAAUCGUGCUGUCUUGGUUAAUGAACAAGAUCUACUUGUCAAACUUAUUGAUGAUGUUCGAUAUUGUACCGAGAAUAUGACUAAAUUUAAUAUUUUCACUUCUCCAAUAGAAAGUGGCAAAUCAAGCAAAGAUUUGACAAAACAAGCAGCAAAAUUCAUGUGGUUCCAAUAUAUACUAGAAAUUCUUCUUUGUGUACCUGAACAAAAUGCAGCAAAACAAGAACUGAUCGAAUUUUGUCGAUCAUGUUAUGUCAAUAAUCAAACUGAACAAGAUAAGAUUACUGAUUUUGAACUAAACUAUCGAUCAGACAAAGCAAUUAAAUGGUACACAAGAGACUCGUUUCUAUUUCGUAUUAUAAACAAAGUUCUUCGAGCUGAAAAUAUUGAUUGUAUCUAUAAAUUACGUUACAUACUGGCUGAUAUUUACACUCAAUUACUCGAAUUACACUGUGAUUAUCUUCAGUGUUUGCUAGAUUUAGAGCUUUUUCCAUAUGUACUCAAAGUUUAUCGUGGUCAAUUGAUGUCUGUUCGAGAAUUAGACCAACUCAGACGAAAUACUGGCCAUUAUAUUUCUAUGAAUACAUUCCUGUCAACAUCGAGCGAUCGAGAAGUUUCGGUCAUGUUUUCUGGAGAAGGUGCUAGACGACCUCAACUUGAAUCAGUUCUAUUUGAAAUCGAAAUUCAAACAGACACAUGUUCAUUGCCAUAUGCUGACAUUCAAAAGUCAAGUUGGAAUCCUGGCGAAGAAGAAAUUCUUCUUGCAUUAGGUGCUAUCUUUCGUAUUGAUUCUGUUGAAUCACAAGAUAAUAUUUGGAUUAUUAAAUUGUCACUUUAUAAUCAAGAUUCUACUGGAGUCCAAGAUGCGCAUAAUUUUCUCCCAGAUCGGAAACGUCACGAACAAUUGAGUAUUAAUGACUUUGCCAAAUGCUUAGAUCAAUUAGGAGAAUCCCAUCUGGCAGCUCAAAUAUAUGCAAAUCAACUUCAAUCGCAUCUUUCACUCUCAGGUUUGGACAGAGCCAUUCUAUUAUAUAGUUUCGCUAAUUGCAAUAUGACGUGCAAUUAUAUUGACCCCAAUGGUUUGUUAAAAUGUUAUCAAAUGUGUGUCAAACUAGUACCACGCCCAAUACUACCCAUGUUUCCACAAUUGGGUAUUAAGGCUGCCAGUUUAUUGAUGGACCAUGGUGAAUAUAAGAUGGCUCAUACUUUAAUUAUAAAAACAAUAUCAAUGAUAGUUAAUGAAUUCGAUGGAACUUUCUCUGAUGAGGCUCGUCGUCUAAAAAUGUUAUCUUUGGCUGACUUAUACAAUACUUUAGGUGUUUAUCAUACUUAUCAAUAUCAAUAUGAAGAUGCUUUGGAUUAUUUUCAAUCAACUAUUAGAAUCUAUAAAGGACAUCUACGAUCAAAUAGUAAUGAAUUUGGUAGAAUUUAUUCAAAUCUAGCUAAAUUGCAUUACAAUCAAGGAAAGUAUUCUGAUGCUAUUGAAUAUAUGAAAAAAGCUAUCUCAAUUUAUUCGCAAAGUUUGCCAUCUGAUCAUCCAGACUUAGCUGAUUGUUAUCAUGAUUUGGGUAUAUCAUAUGCAGAAAAUGGUGAACUUGUUAAAGCUUGUGAAGCAAUUGGUGUUGCGUUAGAAAAACGUUUGAAAGCAGAAACAGUUAAUCAUGUCUUGGUGGGCAUGUCAUAUCUUCAUCUUGGGCAUCUCUUUGCUAAAAUAGAUUAUAAUACACAAGCACUGUUUUAUUAUUUUAAAACUGAAGAAAUAUGGCGUCAAUAUUUGCCUGAAAGUCAUUUGUUAUUUAGACAUUUAUAUACUGCCAUAGGAAGAGUCUAUGGUCAUGCGAAGGCUGAUUUAAUGACUGCGCGUAGCUUUCUGGACAAAGCUUUGCUUAUAGAAACAAAUUGUUUGAAAAGAAAUUCUCAAGAUGUCAGCAUAUUUCUUGGCGAUAUAAAUUCUAAUCUUGGAGAAAACUAUUAUCAUUGUGGAAAAUAUGAAGAAGCUUUAAUAUAUUACGAAAAAGCGUUCAAAAUUUUUCAAUGCACUUUACCAAACACUCAUCUUGUUUUCGUUUGUCUCUACAACAAUAUUGCUUUGACACAUCAAGGUUUGGGAAAUCAGGACGUAACCAUAACAUAUUAUGAACGAUCCAUCGAUAUAAUUCAUUCUCAAGAAUCUGUUUCUUUGAAAAAUGACCUACUUGCUGAUGCUUAUGGUAAUAUUGGUACCCUACAUCUUGACAAUGGUUCAUGUAAAAAAGCAAUAGAAUAUUUUGAAAAACAAUUGACUACAAAAAAAUUAAACAUUGUGACGUGUCAAUCACCAUAUUUUAUUACAACGUAUACGGGUUUAGGCAGUGCUUAUACGUCAUUGAAUAAGUGUACAGAAGCACUCGAAUAUCAUCAUCGAGCUCUAGAUAUUGCACAAGCCAUUUUACCGACGUAUCAUGAGAUACUUGGUAACAUUUAUAACAACAUAGCAUGUGUCUACAGUGAGCAAGCCAAGUAUGACCAGGCUCUUCACUAUUUAAAAUUAUCGCUGCAAGUAAAAUUGAACUGCAAACCAUCCGAUCAUCCAACUAUUGCAACAGCUUAUUAUAAUUUAGCUUGUGUAUAUGCAUCAAAACUCGAUAAUGAUGAAUCAAUAAAUGCCGCUGAAUCAGCCGUAGCUAUCUUAAAACAAUGUCCGCCCAACACAUUUCCAGGAUUGGCUAAUGUCUAUACACGUCUAGGUUCCUCCUACUGUCGAUUAAAUCAAUUAGAUCGAGCAGAAGACUAUCUUCAGCAAAGUAUCACUCUUUUAAGAUCGAUGUAUAAAAUUCAAGAUGACAAUCAUUAUAAGUUUGCUUUUACUUAUGAUAUUUUUGCUCUUGUCAAAUGUGCACAAGGUUCGUUCGAAGAAGCUGAAUAUCUUUGUCAGAAGUCAUUUAAUUUACUUCUAACAGAAUUGCCAUCUGACAGUGUCAACGUUGGGUUAUCCUAUGAAACUUUUGGAAUAAUAUACAAUGCACGAAAGAAAUAUGAACAAGCUCUUACAUUUUUUUACAAGAGUGAAACAAUUAUUCGUCGUGUUAGUGAUGAACAUCCAUUUUUGGUUCGAAUCUUCAGAGAGAUGGGAUCCGUCUUUUACAAUCAAAGAAUAUAUGAUAGAGCUCUUGAAUUCUAUACGAAAGCUAUCGACUUGGCGCUCAAAGUGUAUGAAACCAAUACGAAACUGAUCAAUUCAUUAACAUAUGAUUUGGAUAGAGUGAUGGAUAAUAUUCUCUCUAUAGAGUGA